CAUCCCUAUUGAAACUUGAUGUCGGCCAAUCAAUGCAGUCCAUUUAGCCACCACUCAAGGUGCAUCAAUAAUUCUCAUCAUGCUGGUGCAACGCUUGGCGGCCGGCGGCCGGCGGCACUUUGCGUCGACAACGGCGGCUGCGGCAACAGUAGCAUCGACGGCACCUUCCGCUGCUCAGUUGAGCCCUGAGAUCCGUGCUUUGUUGGAGUCGUUUCGAACGAAUCCGAGCGACGCGACAGCCACACUUCUACAGCAACCCACCACCGACCUGCCUGUCCCAGUCGCGUUGGAGCACGUUGUAGCCCAACUGUUCCGAGGAAAACACACAAAAGAAGCUCUUGACGUCCUCCAGCUGUCUCUGGACCGAUCUAUUGGUAUCGAUUACAGCAUCGCCAUCCGCAAGUCGGGCGCGCUGGACCGCCAAGACUCGAACGCCGUGCUGUCUUGGCUGCACGCGAACGCCGCCAGCAUCGAGACGGACCAGCACGUGUCGAUGAUCCGCGUCUGUCUCCGUCUCAAGCACUUCUCCAGCGCCGUGCGCUUGUUCGAGCUCAUCCGCACCCGGCAAUUCAACGGCCGCGUGCUGUCCAAAGAUGUCAUGUAUCUCUUGGCCGCCGUGGAAUCCGUGCCCAACGGCCGCCUACGCCACGAACUGCAGACGAAACUCCUCCGCUUCCACUCGCACCCGUCCAACAUAUCGGCGCCCGAGCUCGUGACCGACAUGUGCCAGCGCCAGCCAGACGCCGCCAGCCAGUGCGUGCAGUGGGCCAUAGGCGUCAUCUACUGGCGGUCUCCUGAAGACUGGCCUGGCCGACUGGCCUUGAUUGAGGCCAUCUUGGCUUCUGCGCUCGCACACGGUGUCGCAUUGGAGAACCCCAUGCGGUUCUCGAUGGCGUUUGCCAAGUGUCGCGACCACGACCUCGACCCCGAGCGCCUCGUCCACCUGUUCCUGGCCAUGGCCGGCCAAAACCUGGUCGACCCGAACGAAUCGUCGUGUAUGGCGGCGAUCCACGCUUGUCAGAACGCAAACAACUUUGCGCUGGCGCUGACGCUGUUUCACCUUCUCAAGCGCAGCCAGCCUAUGAACUCGCGCCUAUUCAACACGGGCCUGUACUCGGCCGCCAAAUCCGGCAAUGAAGCGGCCGUGGCCAGCCUCGCGCUCGAGAUGCUGGCCGCCAAUGUGACCCCCGACAAGCGGUCGCUCGCCGUCGUCCAGUCGCUGGCAGCGUCCCCCACGUCCAUGGGGUUUCUCAUCAAGGACCCGCAGCUGGUGGACUAUUUCGGCAUCUCGAGCACGUCCAUGGCCAGUGCAAACGGCAGCAGCCCACGCAAGCAACGCCAGUCUCCGCCGCAAUCACAACCGAGCGAGGCCAAAGCCACGCCCAACACGUCUCGAGCCCCAACGCCGAAACCAUUGGGCGACAGCAGUUGCGCCAUUAUGUAGCCGAUAUAAAGACAACUUUGAAGUGAAAAUGAUAUUUUGUCGCUUUGAUACAAAA